AUGCCAAAAGAGGAAGAAAACUUGGCAAGUUGCAGGACUGCAGCAAAUGAUCUAGUAUUCAUCGUGGAUGGCUCCUGGAGUGUAGGGUAUGCAGAUUUUGACACCGCAAAGAACUGGUUGGUAAACAUCACAACCAGCUUUGAUAUUGGACCUACUUACACCCAGGUUGCUGUGGUUCAAUACAGUGAUGGGCCAAGGCUAGAAUUUCCACUUGGACAACAUCGGACAAACCAGCAACUUAUCAAUGCGUUGAAAAGCAUGAAAUAUCUGGGAGGUAAUACCCAGACAGGUCGUGCAAUUAAGUUUGCCACCGAGAAUGUGUUUCCCUCUUCCAAAAGACCAAACCUUACCAAGAACAGGAUUGCAAUUGUAGUUACAGAUGGCAAGUCCCAGGAUGAUGUGGUAGAGAUUGCUGCACAAGCCAGGGCACAGAAUAUCAUUAUAUUUGCGGUGGGAGUUGGUUCUGAAAUAACUAAGUCUGAACUUGUGGCGAUUGCCAAUAGUCCCUCCACAGAUUAUGUGCUGUUUGCAGAGGACUACAGCACUAUAGAAAGGAUUAAGGAGACAAUGCAGCAAAAGAUAUGUGAAGAAUCUGUGUGUCCUACUCGAAUACCUGUGGCAUCACGGGAUGAGAAGGGAUUUGAGCUGCUUGUGGGAAUGAACAUUCAUAAAAAAGGUCAGAUGAUAACUGGGUCUUUGGUCUCGGAAAAAGCCUAUCUUCUUACACCUUCUGUAGAUGUGACUGAAAACACCAGGGAAAUAUUUCCAGAGGGUCUGCCUCCCUCCUAUGUGUUUGUGGCUACCAUACGUUUACAGUCUCCAGAAAAACAGGACAUCAUUGAUCUAUGGAGAAUACUGUCCAAUGCAGGAGAGGUCCAGGCAGCAGUCACUCUCGAUGGCACUGACAAAUCCGUCAUCUUUACAGUCACACAACUAAAUGCAAAUUCCCAAGUGAUUAAGUUUAAAGAUCCAAAAUUAAAGGAGUUAUUUGACGAGAAAUGGCACCAGCUGAAGAUCCUUGUAAAAAAUAAAAGCGCCAUUCUAUUUCUGGAUGACAGUCUUAUUGAAACCCGAGCACUCAACCUACGAUGCUCUGGCAGGCAUCCCGCCCAGCUCUUGCCAGGAGCUGAUUGGGAUGUGGCACCCCCAAGCCCAAAAAAUGACCACCAGCUACGCCUCCCCCCGAUUGUAACCACCAGUUCCCCCAUGGAGAUACAAAAAUUAAGAUUGUACUGUGAUCCAGGUCAGAGUGAACGGGAGACGGCCUGUGAAAUCUACACUGUGAAUGAUCAAAGGUGUCCACUCGAGCGGGUGCCAUCCUCUUCUUGUCAGUGUCCUGAAGGUCAGCCUGGGUCUACUGGAGCACCAGGACCAGAAGACCUCCAGGACUACGUGGAAUACCAGGCACUUCAGGACAAAGGGGAUCACAAGGGCUGCCUGGGCUUCAAGGUGAUCCAGGGCCACCUGGAAAUCAGGGUGACAAUGGAGCAACUGGACUGCCAGGAGCAGAAGGACCUCAAGGACCAAAGGUACUACUCUGGAUGCUUGGCUGGCUAUGGUGACAAUGGCGAUGAUGGAGCUAAGGGAAACCAGAAAGGUGAAAUUGGAGACACGGGUGAGAAAGGACCAGAGGGUAAGAAGGGAGAAGUUGGCGUACUAGGACUACCAGGGCCUCGUGGUUUUCCAGGUGAAGGUGGUCCACAGGGAAGGUCUGGAAUACCUGGCAUCCCAGGAAAACCGGAAAGCAAGGCUUACCGGGACCACCAGGCAUCCAAGGCCGACCUGGUGAAAGAGGACACCAAGGGUACCCAGGAAGAGGGGGCAGAUCUGGAUAUCCAGGGAUCCAAGGGUUACCAGGACUACAAGGGAGAUACGGGACCCAAAGGAGAAAAAGGUUCUAAAGGAGAGCGUGGCAUAGGACAGCCGGGCACACCUGGGCCUGCAGGUUCCCCUGGAAUGAAUGGAGUAAACGGAGAAGGCAUUAUAGGCCCUCCUGGAAAUCCAGGGAAAAAUGGGGUACCUGGAACCCCAGGGAAACGAGGAUUUCCUGGGCCUUCUGGAGUCUGCGACCUUUCUUCCUGUCUAUCUGCAUAUGGAGCAAGGGAUGACCCAUUUAGAAAAGGACCUAAUUUUUGA